ACAAUUAACCUAUAUAAAGGAUGUUCGUUCAAUUCCAAAACUACGGUGGCCGAGAAGCGUUAAAUGGCGAAUGACCCGAAAUAUCUCUUCGCUUUUGACGUCACUGAAAUAAAGUCUGCUUGUUCAUCCCUCACACGGGAGAAUUGAUUUGUCUGCAAAGAUUGCAUUUUUGUCAUGCCCUCCUCGCUGUUUACUUUAAAAGCCCCCCGCCCCCCGAUUUAGUUAGCCCCGACGGCUAGUCCCAAUGAAAUGCCGUCUUCUUGUCGGGACUCUCCACCGAGGGUUCGCCCGGCUAAUUACGCCGCGUUAGCUUUAGCAUUAGCCAUCAGCGCACCGUCACUGACAUCACUCGGACAUGAGUUGUCGUACUCAUAACUUUACUUUUCGCCCAAACGACGUUUAAUGGCGUUACGUCGCGACCAUGGAGACCGAGCGGAGUAACUGCAGGCCGAGUUCGGUGGACAAUAGCUAAUAGCUAGCUAAAGCAAAUUGAACGCUUUUCUCCUGGGAAAAAAAAAAAAAAAGUAGGCUUGCAGUGGGAUUUUGGAGCCGCGUAUAAAAUGAUAAGAGCAGCAGCAUGGUUGACAGCUGUAAACACCCUGCAGGCUUUCACCUCUAAGGUUUAGGCCAAGUCAUGUCUUCAAGUUCUGCAUGGACAAGGCUUGGUGCUGAUGACAUGGACCUCGACACGUCCGAGGACGGUCUCAGCAACGGUGCCUCUGUCGCUCCUGGGGAUCACCCGGCGACCAGCAACGACGGCAUGUCCGACUUCUCCACCAGUGACAUCUCACUCCCCGAAGUCUGCGUCACCACCAACUUUGAGGAGACAAUGAGCAAUGAGGUGCAUCAAGCUUAUAGGAUCUUUUCUGGCUUUCUCCUGGACAAACACAAGGCAAUUGCCGGACUGUUCCUCCACGCCGUGGGGCAUCAGGAGGCCCAGUCCGGUGUCGGUGGCGUCUGUGCCUCGGGUCAGGCGAGGCUCAAACAGUCCAUGUGCUUGCGGAGGAUAGAAGAGAAGUUCAUCAACCUGGAGUAUCAUAGCAUAACGGAGUUUGUGGCUGACUUCAGGCUGAUGUUGGAGAACUGCUACCGCUACCAUGGCGUGGACCACUGGCUCUCCAAACAGGGUCAAAAGUUGGAGAUCAUGCUAGAACAGAAACUCACACUACUGUCCAGGACUCUUCGUGAGAAGACCACUUUGGCAGUCACCUCCAAGGGGCGUUUUGGCACGGAGGAGGAGCGAGCUCCAGGAGGAACCUCCACAAGGAGGCGAUCUUCAUCUCGAAGCUUGACGACUAUCACUGUGGGUGGGCAUGAGUCGGUCAUGGUGCAGGCCCUCAGGAUGGAAGAGCAACAGAGGGCAAAGGAGGAGAAGAGGCAACGCGAGCUGGAGAAAAAAGAAGCAGAAGAAAUGUCGGCCAAAGCGGUGGAAGAGUGGGAGCAGAGUUUACUGACGCAGGCGUCCCCCCACACGAUAGACACCCUGUGGGAAGUCCCCGCCAUAGGCCACUUCCUAUGCCUGGCACAGACGGUGCUCAACCUACCAGAGAUUGUAUUCUUUGAACUGGAGCGCUGCCUACUGAUGCCCCGCUGCAGCAGUCUCCUCUCCAAAAUAAUGUCAUCCCUCCUGUCACCAUGCCAGCGGCGGGCCACCUUGCACCGCCGACCAGCUCUGCCGUACCGCCGUUGGGAGGCGGAGCUCAGGCAGCGCGUCAAGGGCUGGUACCGGAGUAUCGGGGGUGCUCGCGAUCAGCCGGCUCGGGCCGAGCAACUCGGACUUUGCCAUCAGUUUUUCCACAACCUGGGCGAGGCGAGUCCCUUGGAGGAGAAGCCGUUCCACUCGCUGCCUCUCCGCCAGCGAGUGUGGCUCCUCAAAGGCUUGUGCGACAACGUGUAUGAGACCCAGAAGGAUGUUCAGGAUGCCGUGCUGGCCCAGCCCAUACACGAAUGCAGGGAGUCCAUCUUGGGCUAUGACAGCAAGGACAACGCCUACAUACAUUUCCCCCAUUUCUGCGGGGCGGACUUGAGGAUCUAUUGCCAGAGCCCCAGCGCACCUCCUCCUUUUCCUUUCCCUUCAGCGUUGGUGAGACGGCUCGACCUACACGUUGAAGAUACCGACGUGCUGAAAGACACCGCAAUGCACAUUGACACCUCUGGUGAUUUGGGGAACACAUUGAAGUAUUUUGUCAAAGAAAACGGAGACGGGCAGGAACACAAAGAGAAGUUUUGGCCUGUAAAGAAAGAAGACGUGAGGUGUCAGUCACUGUCGUCGGAUGGAGACUCCAGUGAUGAGUUAAGCCGAAAUUGGCGCACUAGCUGCUUUGUUUCAAAAGGACAAAUAAAACAAACUACCGAAUCGGACCGUCAAUCCACAACACUAAAAGAAGGCCUUUCCUUGGGUUCUGUGCGUCCUAUAAAUGAAGAGACUCAAAAUCCUUGUCUGAAUGUAGGGGAAUACACCUACACAGGUAGGUCACCCGCUCGCUGUGCGGACACCACCGAUUCAUCCUGCAGAUCGUCGAGGGUCAACACGGAAGGAGAAAACCUGAACACGGGACACCAGCAAACGACUCCCUGUUUGAAAUGUCGAAGAACUCUCAAAUCGGUGCGGCGAGGUUGCAACUGCCCGCCUAUCCAAAACACCAGCGAUGAAGACGAGCUCCGCGAUAGGAUGUGGUCUAAAAAAAAGAAAUGCAAGAAAAAGCGAGGAAGGGGGCGGCCACGGGAAGGGCAAAACCUUGAGGCAGCUGAAUCAGCAUUACAGGGAAUUACCGCCAGCAUUCAGAGGAAAGAUAAAAGGAAAAAACAGAAAGAAGGAAAAAAAGGUGAAUCUGCAAAGAAAAUUAAAGACAAACCUUCCAUUGAGCCGGCGUUUAAGUUGGUUUGCACCAGUUUGCAGGAGUUGCGUGAGCUCAUCAGCAAAAUUGAAGACGAGCUCGACGACCUGGAGAGCACAAAAAAUCAAUUGGAUCGAUGGUUUUUAAGAAAACAAUCUGUGAAAGAGCUCCACAGCACUCUAAUCAGACUACUGAAUGAGCUCUCACCCUGGGAACCAAAACUUGUGAAGGCCCACCAAAGAAACAGGCUUCGAUUGAAGAAGGAGUUUGAUGAUUUCAAGAAACAUCCAGAAUAUAAUAACUUUAUUCGAGAGGAGUGUUUGUCAUCAUCGUCCUCGUCAUCUGAAGAUGAAGAAGAUAUUCCUUUGUUUGAUCGCCAGCGAGGCUCAGAAGAUGAAAUGGAACACGUAGUUCCGAAAGGUCUCUGGACUGGAGCAAGCACUAAGGACUUGGAAGCUGAAUCUGUUGGUGAGAGAUCACCCACCUUUGGAAUCAACCAAGAAACUUCUGAACAAUCGUCAAGAGUUCAGGCUGACAGCAGUUUUGCCCCCCCGGACAUUGAUACAAAGUCUAAAUGUGAAAUCAUUCAGUCCGACACCGCGGGAAAGCCCGUCCUGGAUUCAUCGGCAUCCAAACUUCAAGUUGUCCACCUCAGCCCCGGACUACCUAAAGGGUACACGCCCAUCCCCACCCUGCUUGCCAAGAGCGUGGGCAACAAAGUGACCUUAUUAAAACGACCUGUGGAUUACUCAGGGCUCAACAACGCCGAUAGACAAACCAAGGGACCAUCAAGCUCCCUGGCUUCAUCUACAGCGGCGAUUUCAAAACCACAUCCACAAACUACUCAAUCCAUUUCGGAACAAAACUCACUACAAGGCAAAUGUGCAAUUCGACAAACCGCAACGGUCAAAGUGUCAGCAGCACCGCUCACGACGGAUUGGGCUAAAGGAAGUCAGACUUUAUUGCAAACUCCUCUCCAAGUAGCGUCGAAUGUUCCUGAAGGCCCGGACCAACUUGUCAGACAAGGGGGAAGCAAUUCAGUGCAAUCUCUUCUCGACUACGGCAGACAGGAGAAGAUGAUGCCGCAGGUGGUCAUGAUGCCUUCCAAACACGUCAUUGAAAAUUCCAAGGAGCAACAGUCGACGGGACCCAUGUACCUGUCCACCAGUGUGUCUGGCUUUACAAUUCCUGACAACGUUCAGCCAGCGGAUGUCCGGACAGUGAAGACCCCUUCCCUUUUUUCCCCGCCUUGCCAGCAGCACAGGACCCAAAACGUACCCGGGUUCCAGGUUGCGCAACCUUCUCAAUCAAGCACUUCAAGUCCUUCAUCCAUAACGUCGACAACCACCUUGGCCUCGACUUUGCCCCCUGAUCUUCCAGAACAUAAACAGGAACUUAAGACAAUAUGCAUACGUGAUUCACAGUCCAUCCUCGUGACCACGAGAGGAGGCAACACAGGUAUUGUCAAAGUCCAGACAUCAUCUGCCCUGAAUGCACUUGAUGGUUUGUCCACCAGUCCCAUCAUCACCAUUUCACCUCAGUUUAAAGCUUUCCUUGUGUCCAAAAGCGCUGAGGCGUCUUCUGUCCCCUUUCAGAAAGAUUCUACAACAGUAGCCCAAUCGCAGAAGCAGCUUCCGUCAGUAUUCAAGUCCUCUGCCAUCACAAAUCUUACAGACCCAAGUAGUUUGACUUCAGUAGUGCCGGUUCCAGGAAUUUCAGAUGUUCCUACAAUUACAAGAAACAUCUACCACCCUUCGCAGACGUUAGCAACCCAUUCUCUGGUGGUAAAAAAUCCUGCUGAUGUUACGGCACCAACCGAGGUAGUUGGUCAGUCCGGUUUGAAGCGACCCAACACAGAGGAGCAACCCAAAGUUACCAAAUUUAUCCUGGUUAAUCCCUCCUCCUCCUCUCGCGCCUGUACUGUAGCUGUUCCAAAAGACACAUCGACGAAUCCGCCGCUUGGUUCAAGAGUCGUAGUCAUCAACCAACCUUCCGUGACGCCAUCCGGUGCUUUAAUGGGAAGUGUUAUAACGCAGUCCAAGACAGCUGGCGUGAAAGGACAACAGAUAACUACGUCUUUAUCAAGUCAAACUCAGAAGAUGGGAUUAAGCCCCGGCUUCGACUCAAAUGCGUUGUCAAAGGGAAAGAACGUUCCGCUUCCAGCAGGACUUCAGAUCCAGUUGUCAGGGAUGACGACAACCAUCGGACAGAGCAUCGGUGCCCUGUCGCGUUGCACUUCCCAAAGCACGCCGGUAUCGGUCCCGGCAACCACCUCUCAAUCAACCCCAUUCACAAAGUCAAAUCCUGUCACCAGCUGUCUUAGCCAGCUUGUCGCUAAUUCUACUCUGACCAGAACCUCUCAACCCAGUCCUUCACAAUAACCGCCGAACUCGGCUCUUUGAUUUCUAACUC